GAUGUCGAUUCGCGUUUGUCUAAUACGAUUAUUCUUUUGUCACUUAAUUCCUUCUUCUUCUCAUUUUGUGUAAUACAUAAAAAUAAUUCAUAUAAAAGGUUUCUCUCCCGUGCUUUUAUUUACGAAGAAAAACUCAACAAUAUAUGAAUUACAAUCAAUUAUUAAACAUGCCACGCUAAGUCCCGCAAUUAAGGGUGUCGGUCUUUAAGAGUAUCUCGUCGGUGCCUCUACUCUUAACUUCGUGAUCGAAACUAUCGAAUAGAGGGAAUAUUCCAGAGGUACCAAAUGACUUGCCCGAGAUGGAUUUGAGCGUCCAUCCGGAAAGACAAAAAUUUCCUUUUUGCAUCGUUUGGACUCCAUUGCCCAUUCUAACAUUCAUUCUCCCUUUUAUCGGACACAUGGGCAUUGCGACGUCAACGGGAGUAAUAAGAGAUUUCGCUGGUCAUUAUUAUGUUUCUGAAGACAACAUGGCAUUUGGUAAGCCUACCAAAUAUUGGCAGCUGGAUUAUACGAAAGCCAAGGGAGGCGUACAAGGAUGGGAUGCUGGCGUAGCGGAAGCCAGUGAAAUUUACAAAACCAGAAUGCAUAAUUUAUGCUGCGACAAUUGCCAUUCACAUGUGGCAAGAGCUUUGAACUUAAUGUCAUAUGAUGACUCAAACAGUUGGAAUAUGGUAAAACUUGCAUUUCUCAUGUUGCUUCAUAGCAAGUACGUCAGUAUAUUCGGCUUUCUUAAGACUUGGUUACCUUUCUGUGUAAUUGUUACAAUUCUACUAGUGUUAAGUCUAGGCAUAUAAAAAAAGCGCCAAAGUAUAUGCGCUCGUUGAAAAAAAAA